AGUACGGAUCCUAUUUUACGGAACGUUUUUUUACUAGUCGGGCAUGGUUUUGAGACGGACCGAAACUUGAUUAUAUCAGGACAAAAAUGAAUUAGUGAGCUUAUUGUACAACAAAUGAACAUAUAUUAACAUAGUGAAUAAAUAAUAAAAUUAUGGGCGUAGUUAGACAUGUUGUUUGCGCGAUGUCUGGUGGAGUUGACAGCUCUGUCGCGGCUUUGUUGCUCCGAAAAAGAGGGUACCACGUUACUGGAGUUUUUAUGAAGAACUGGGAUUCCCUGGAUGAAAUGGGUGUGUGUUCUUCGGAAAGGGACUGCGAAGACGCCUACAAAGUGUGCCAGAAUCUUGACAUACCCUUCCAUAAAGUUUCUUAUGUCAAAGAGUACUGGCACGAAGUGUUCACCAAUCUUUUAAAUGAAUAUGAGCAGGGUAGGACACCGAACCCAGACAUUCUAUGCAACAAAUAUAUCAAAUUCAAUCAUUUCUACAAGUAUGCCAUCAACUCCUUGGGUGCUGAUGCCAUAGCGACUGGCCACUAUGCCAGGACGUCACAGGAGGAUGACGAUGUGUUCCAACAGAGACUUGUAGCUCCUACCCCUAAACAUGUGUUCAGAGACCGCUUUGAGAUCAGGAACCCGGUGAGGUUGUACCAGGGAGCAGACCGUUUUAAGGACCAGACAUUCUUUCUCAGCCAGAUCUCCCAGGAUGCAUUGCGUCAUACAGUCUUUCCCCUAUCAGGACUCACCAAAGACUAUGUGAAGAAGAUGGCAGCUGAGGCUGGCUUCCAUCAUGUCCUGAGAAAGAAAGAGAGUAUGGGGAUCUGUUUUAUUGGAGAGAGGAACUUUGAGGAUUUCAUUCUAGAGUAUUUAGAUCCCAAGCCAGGGAACUUUGUCUCCAUUGACAAUGGGAAGAUCAUGGGUCAACAUAAAGGUUGGUUCACCUUGACACUAGGACAGAGGGCCAGGAUUGGUGGGCAGUUGGACGCAUGGUUUGUCGUGGACAAAGACAUCACUACUGGAGAAGUGUUUGUGGGUGCGACCACCAAUCACCCGGCACUGUUUAGAGACACGUUGCGAACUGACCGUUUUCAUUGGAUAACGGAGGACCCUCCCACUGAGCUGAUCCAGACUAAAAUGAUGGAGUGUCACUUCCGCUUCAUCCACCAGAUGCCUCUCAUUCCUUGUACUGUGACUUUAAACAUGGAUGGCUCUGUCUGGAUUAUGCUGUCUCGGCCAAUCAGAGCACUCACACCUGGCCAGUUUGCUGUGCUCUACAAGGGGGACGAGUGUCUGGGCAGUGGGAAGAUCGUCCGCCUUGGCCCCACCGAACACACGUUGCAACAGGGACGAGACCUUGUUAAGGGAGCCUCUGUGGCCAAUGAGAAGACACCAAAACCAGUCAGCUGAAGCUGAGAGACUUCCUGGAUAGGGACCUAGACCAGAACUGUUCUCUCUCCACUUAGACCUAUCAACACCUCGUAGUCACACUGCUGCCCGUGGACCCGGUCCACUAGCCUCGAAACACUGGUCCAAAAGUCUGUUCUACUGUAGGGCACUAGAAAAUGUGAAAUAUAUUUUAUUAUUGAGUGCCUUUUACUGUGGUGUAAUUUCACCUCUUUUGGACUACUUUAAAUAUACACCAUGUAAAUAGAGAUUAAAUGUAAUUCUGAAAUGAUGACCAAGUGAUCACAUUUCAUAUAGUAAGUGUUUUAUUGUGUUUGU